CGGUCUGAGCUUGCGCACUCGCUCAACGUGCCACCAGACGGGAAUCACAAUCUAAACGGUUCGUAUGGCGAGCUCGCUGCUACGUUCGCUAGUCUUUAGAACGCAACCGGUGCUGCGAAGCCUGCUAGCGCCGUGUUUAUUAGUCAAACAGGAUUUCAAUACAUCUGCUGCAUGUCGAGCGAAGGAGUCGGGCAAGAGACUCGAGGAGGUGUCGUCUAUCUUGGAGAAGAGGAUAUUGGGGCAUGUUAAUGAGACGGAGUUGGAGGAGACCGGACGCGUGCUGUCUAUUGGAGACGGUAUUGCGCGCGUGUAUGGUUUGAAGAACAUUCAAGCGGAAGAGAUGGUGGAAUUCUCGAGUGGAUUGAAGGGUAAUGCUUUGAACUUGGAGCCCGACAAUGUCGGUAUUGUCGUGUUUGGCAAUGACAAACUAAUCAAAGAAGGCGACGUCGUGAAGAGAACGGGAGCGAUUGUGGACGUUCCGGUAGGAGAGGGUCUACUUGGCAGAGUAGUAGACGCAUUGGGAAAUCCAAUCGAUGGCAAGGGCCCUAUUGAUGGUCAAGAACGUCGUCGCGUUGGCCUCAAAGCUCCGGGCAUCAUACCAAGGAUCUCAGUACGUGAACCCAUGCAGACGGGCAUCAAAGCCGUUGACAGUCUCGUACCAAUUGGUCGUGGCCAACGAGAACUGAUCAUCGGAGACAGACAAACAGGGAAAACCGCUAUUGCCAUUGAUACGAUCAUCAAUCAGAAGAGGUUCAACGCAGGAACCGAUGAGAAGAAGAAGCUGUACUGCAUCUAUGUUGCUAUCGGACAGAAGCGUAGUACUGUAGCACAGUUGGUUAAGCGGCUAACUGAUGCAGAUGCCAUGAAGUACACCAUCAUCGUCAGUGCCACGGCUUCCGACGCCGCUCCCCUCCAAUACCUCGCUCCAUACUCCGGCUGCGCGAUGGGCGAAUUCUUCCGAGACAAUGGCAAGCAUGCCCUCAUCAUCUAUGACGAUCUAUCCAAGCAAGCCGUCGCAUAUCGUCAGAUGUCGCUGUUGCUUCGACGUCCGCCCGGCCGAGAGGCAUAUCCUGGCGACGUCUUCUACCUACACUCGAGGCUUCUAGAGCGAGCAGCGAAAAUGAAUGACAACUAUGGAGGAGGCUCGUUGACUGCACUGCCGGUUAUUGAGACUCAGGCAGGCGAUGUGUCUGCAUACAUUCCAACCAACGUCAUCUCAAUCACCGAUGGACAGAUUUUCUUGGAGACCGAAUUGUUCUAUAAAGGUAUCCGGCCGGCCAUCAACGUCGGGCUGUCUGUGAGUCGUGUCGGCUCUGCUGCUCAGAUCAAAGCAAUGAAACAGGUUGCCGGCACUAUGAAGCUCGAUCUCGCGCAGUAUCGUGAAGUCGCUGCCUUCGCUCAGUUCGGAUCAGAUCUCGAUGCUGCAACGCAGGGACUCCUAAACAGAGGUGUCCGACUGACCGAGCUGCUCAAACAAGGACAAUACGUUCCAAUGGCGAUCGAAGAGCAAGUGGCUGUUAUCUAUGCCGGAGUACGAGGCCAUCUAGACAAGGUUGAUCCGUCGAGGAUCACAUCGUUUGAGCAGGCGUUUGUAGAGCACAUCCGCAGCAGUCAUCAGGAUCUACUCAAGACGAUUCGUGAGGAAGGGCAGAUCAGUCAGACGACGGAUGAACGUCUGAAGGGCAUUGUCACGUCGUUUGUAGAGAGCUUCAUGGCUGCGUAGAGACUGUUGACUGGCUAGUAUCAUAGUUGUCGUUGCUGAGAGACGAAUAUGGUGGUGUCUAUGUAGUCUCCUAAACCUUGUGGUGGUGUCUGUUUAGUUGGUGUGAUAUUUCCUAUAUGGCUGUACAGUGAACAAGACAUUGUUUAUCUUGA